AUGCCCCUGUACAUCAUCCUUUAUACAAUUUUCUGCUUGGCCUUGAUGGUCAAAGCAGGACCAGAAGAGACAGGAAAAUAUGGCAAAUCAUUAGACAAGCCUGAAGCGACCACUUAUUCAACAGCCCCGGCUAUAUUCAUACGGGUAAACGCCAUCGGUCGAGCAGGCCUUUUGAUACCACAAAAAAUUGUCUCCGUAAAGAAUGCUGCUAUUCGAAAGAAGGCCGCCCCUCCAAAGAAGCAAGCCAGCCCAAAAAAGAAAGCCGGCUUCCCAAAGAAGGCCACGCCUGUGAAGAAGACUAGGCCUCCAAAGCAAGGGACGCCAAAGAAGGUCGACUCACAGAAGAAAGCCAGUCCUAAACCUGGGUCUCAGAAGAAGACAGCACCGGGAAAGAAGGCCUCAAGGAAGCCUCCACCAGAUAAGACCCCAAAGAAGUCCAGCCCGAAGGGUCAUGCUGCGAGAAAGGCUGCUCAUAAGCAGGCCCCUUCUCAGAGUAAGAUUUCCAAGGGAAAGGGUAUUUGGCGUCAUAAAACUGCCCCAAGCAAGAGAAUUCCGAAGUCGACUUCAAAGAAACUCCCCUCAAAGAAGAAUGAGUUGAAAAAGGCGACUACCAAGAAGUCCACGCCCAAAGGGAAGACUUCCAAAGGAAAGCCUCAAGGCAGGACACGUCCUGGCGCAAAGUCCAAAGUGUCAAAGAAGGGAGUUUCGAAGAAAAGGAUCCCCCCCAAGGGCAAGACUGGUCUAAAAGGGAAGUCGUUCGAAAAGAAAGCAUCUCCGGUACCAGGACAAGGUGUACCAAGAGGGAAGACCGACAUCAAGGGAAAAUUGACUUACAAACCAAAAGUCGCAAAAAGCAAGACUCCCAGCCAUGGCAAGGCUCUAGGCAGUAAGACAUCACCCGGCAAAAACAACGGUCUAGGCAAAAAGGAGAGGCUUAGUAGCAAGAAGCGUCCUGGCAACAAGAAGAUUCCACAGACCAAGAAGACUUCGAAAAAGAACAAUCCUGUCGGCAAAGAGAAGACCCCUAGCAGCAGGAAGAGUCCCAAACACACGAAGGCUCCUGGAAGUCAGAGGUCAAAUGGCAAAACGAAGACCCAGGGUAGUAAGAAGGCUCUCAGCAACAAGGAUUCUACCAGGAACAGGAAGGCUCCUAAGGAUAAGAAGACUUCUGCUAAGACUGGCACCUCGAGGAAGAAAAGCUCUGCCAGCCCGGCCCAGCGCCCAAAGAACAAGAAGGUUGCUGGACAUCCUAGUAGGGCUCAAUCUCACACAAAGUCCAAGGGCCCCAAUGUGGCAAAGCCAUCCAGAAACCAUGAGGCGCUUGGUGCCAAGCCGCCAGCGGAAAACCAGAGCAGCUGCCUCAUCCAGACCAAGGGUGGGAAGGUGAAGCGCUCAGAGGGCCCGAAUUGUGGCCCGACAACGCCCAAACCAGCAACUAAACCAGGAACAAGUGAGAACGGGGGGAAGGAGGAGAAAAAGGAAGAAUGGAAAGCCCCUGAUCUUGGGAUGAAACAGGACUAUAGCGUGCAAAACGAGGGUGGUGGAAAGCUGUAUUCUUCUGUCCUCAGGCUGAAAAAGGGAACCCCAGCACCAACACCAGGAGAGCUCGCCAAAAUUGCAGUGGAAGCACAUAAACAGUGGCAAGACAAAUACGGGAAGGACGGUGUUGUUCCUGAUGUCACGACUGUAGAGUACUUCAACCCAAAGAGGGGCCGGAGGGGCAGCGCAAGGAUCCUCAUUUCCACCUCCGAAGUCCACGGAAAGGGUGUCGCCAAAGACCAGGAAGUGCCUGCGAGAUACCUCAAGGAAAGCAAGCCAGAAUGGGAGGACAGGCCGAAAAAAGAGCACCUCUAUGGAGCCAAGUGCGGCGAAUUUGGGGUGAUGGGUCUUCAUGGGAAGUGCUUUCCUGGACAACUGCCGCAUAGGCAGAAGAAGAAACCUAUGAUAGUCACAGUAGGAAAUGAAGGAACCAAAUCCCAGAGGAUCGUUAUUCGCCCUCCAUGCAAUGGUAUAAGGACAGGGAAACAGGGUCCGCCAGACAGUGGAAGUUGUGAUACUGUGGUUAAAAAGGCAGGAUACAUGGUCGUUCCUGAGGAUACCAAGAUCGCCGACUCCUUUAACUUGGGUGAUUUCAAGACUGAGGUUCGGCCUCUUGGACAUCCUUCAAGAAACCACCCUCCUCCUCCUGUGCGCAUUGCUUCGGCGUACGAAAUAGCGCAAAGACAAGCAGCAGCGGCAGAGAAACGCGCAAGGGAGCAGGCAAGGAAAGAGGCUAAGAAAGCGGCCAAGGAAGAGCAAGCAAACAACCCGGGAGGCGCUUCCAAUGAGUUCAGUGAUGAGGGUUUCGGAGAUUUGUUCGGCAGAAAUAAGUCGCCAAAGGGGUGGAAAGUCGUGCACAAUCUCGAUAUCUUCACGCAAAGGGUGCUUUGCGAGUAUCUCAUCGAGUUUGCCGUUUCUAAAGCCGCCAAUAUCAUCAAUAAUCUUGACAAGAUGUAG